UGCAGAUUCACGUAGAUAUAAAAUUGUCAAGACUAAAGUAAUGAACAGAAAUACCAAGUUUGGCAGCCUGUUUGUGAACAAAGAUUUCAGCAGUCCAUUAGACUGGAAUCGCAGGAGCAUGCUUCGUCCAAAUAUACUUUCAGAGAUUGUUGGGGAUUUGACUUCAUCGUUUACUCCUGGCCGUCCAGUUUUGGUUGGCAAAUACGCUGCACUCCGGCGGACAGCUUCUUUCUUUUUCUCCCGCAGUUUGCAGCGGCAUGGAGACUCGUCCGUAUCAUCCAAGCCAUGUCCCACACCCCUUGCGUCUGGCUCAAAGCUCUCUGAUGCAACAUAAUCUCGUAGCAUUGUUGGCGCCCUUCAGUAGGCUUUCUUCAAUCAGCAAACAAGGGGCCAUUUAGAAGCACCUUUCUUGGAGUUGAGCUAUUGACUUACCUUCCUCUGGAGGCCGGCUUAAAAGACAAAGCAAAAAGCAUCUCUCGGUUCCUCUGUUACUUGCAUGGCAGCAGCUUAUUCCAUCUUCAUGCAUAUGUGAAGGAGUUCUGCCGCACAAACGCACUUCGCAGGGGUCUUUCCUAGCCGCUUCUCACAGCUUGUCAUCGUUGGUUGCUUCGAAUCUGCAUGAGCGGGAGGAAAAUGGAAUUCGUUCGAGAAAAGUGAAAGAGCAAUUGUCAAUGCAACUGGAGGAUCAGGUAAAAAUCACACAGAGAGUAUUCAAGCACUUGAGUGGAAAUCCAAUAUUAGUGUGAUGAAUCCUAGGCCUGAUGUUUUUGUAUCUUUAACUGAGGCCACUCCCAUAAUGGAUCAGUCACAACUCUUUCUAGUAAGGAUAGGAACUGGUGCAUUAUCACCUACAACUGUGUCGCUGAAACCGGGGCAGGUUGUUUCUGGAGUUCCUAAUGGUGAAGGUUCUAAGGAGUUGAUUGCCAGUAUGCCACUAUUGGGAUCACAGAGGGUAGGCUGAAGGUCGUUGGAGGGAACAAUAUUGAAAGCCUUAUGGUCUGGGAGCUGGAGAACAAACACUUGUCUUCCAUAUUAAAAGGGGAGUCAAACCUACUCACAUUUUAUGCCAGCUGACUUUCAAAGGCUGCUUUGCUUGAAGGGACAGUUGCUGAAGCUGCAGAGGAUCCAUUUGCAAGAAUUAAAGCAACAACACCAUUAAGAAAGCUGUUGUCGAUUGAACGCAGCCCUCCAAAUGAUGAGUUUCGUGAGCAGGCUACCUGGGCUUCAGGAAAGGUUUCUUGUGGUGCCCCAAGUUGUAGCGAUCAAGGUCUUGGUCAUGGUGCAAUACUACCAUUGCUAGUUCAGUCAAAUGAGCAUUCAGAGCUUUUUAUGUUGACAAAUUCUACAAGGACUUUAUCAAACUUAUGGCGAUGCAGGCCACCCACUCCAUUUGCCCUGGUCAAAGGUGUAUUGUCAGUUUAUCAGCCAUUCAUCCAUAUGAAAGAGGAAGAAGUUUGGACUCAAGUUUGCUGGACAAUACCUAAUAUCACUGCUGGGACUAGAAAUUUUACAAGUGCAAUUAUUGCGGCAACUAUCAUUAUUCCUUUGGUACACUUCCUUCAUGAUGUAGAAGUUGACAACAAGAAAGAGGCUGCAGGAGCUAUCUCUAAGGCCACCUCGGGAGGCUCUCAUGAUCACAUUAGGUGCUUGGCUAGAACGGCUGCAUUAAGAUGCUUUACGAUCUCUUGUUCUGUCAGGAUAAAAAAAUUGUUACUAUCUGCAUUCAAAGGGUCCAGAACAUUCUAAAAGUAGGCGAAGCGGACAAGGAAAUGGGGUUGAAUAGUGGGAUCCAGUUAUAUGUGCAGAUGGUUGACAAUUAUGAAGUACUAGACAAGACUGCAAAUUUCCAGAUUCAGGACAACAAUGUGAUCUACGAAAAGGCUGUGAAGACCUUAGAAAAAUGCUUGUCUCGGAAGUGAUAAUGAAGGUUCAACUAUCGAAGCUAAAGGUUCAGAAGAAGCUGAAGUACUGGGAAGGCAGAGGAGCAAGGAUAAAGCGUACUGCAUGGCUGUUCUUACUCAGUUACUCCCCACCUUGAGGACAAGGUGGUUUGUCAAAGGGAGGAGUACUAGUAAUAAGUAUAAUACUACGUAUUAGUCUUUCAAUAUUGUACAAUAAAAGGAGUUUAGGCCCUGAAUUAAAUAGCAAGUGGGCUGGCCCAAAUGAAAAAAGAAUAAAUAGGAGUAGAAUGGGCAGGCAGAAAUUGGGAACGGAUCUGGGACUCUUGGGAGAGAUAGGCACUCUCGAACUUGCCUCUAUAUUUCUUCUAUUACGUUCUUCUGUUGCUUUGUAUUUCCUUGAUUGAAUAUACUACUGUUUUGACUGUUUGGAUUGAUACCUAUCAAUAACCCAGUCCAAAGUGAUCCUUCCCUACCAAUAAAAAGACUUACUCCAUUUAUAAAUAUGUUUAUAUUUUCUGCAGUAAUGCCGGUACAACACGAAGUUUUCGUACAGGCCAGUACAUUAUAUAUGACUUGCACCCAUAUUUCAUAUCCAAUUUGGUUAUUCUUAGUUUCGUGACACCUCUGUAGCACAAUCCCCAAACGAUUUGUUUGUAAUAGUAUGCAUUUGGUUUGGUUUCACUCAAAAGUUUAUUUCUGUUCCAUUUUUAUUCCCAUCUUCCACCACUUUUGUUGUUAUUGUACUUUACAGAUCCAAUCUUGACAUGUUUUUUGUAUUAUAACAAUGACAUCCAAGCCUAAGACCCAAAAGAGUUUGGGGUCAACUAACAUGAAUCUACAAAUUGGAGUUGAAAGGGAAUGGUUUUUUAGUUUACGGAUCCAAUUGACAUGUUUUUUAUAUUAGAAUAAAAAUAAUUCAGAUCUAAUGUGAAUUUUGCAGUUGAGGUGUAGUGUUUCUAUCAAGUGAAAAAAAAAUCAAUGUAUUGAAACAAAACCAUUGAAAAGUCUAUUAAUUAUUGAGGUUCUACACAACAACACAUAGUGAGUUAUUUAUGAUUUGAGCUUUUACUCAGAUUGAAAUGCCACCUCUACUUCUCAAUAUCAUUGAUUGAAAGAGUUAUUUAUGACCUGAGCUUUACACAGAUUGAGUAAACUAUUUUUUUUUUCAAAAUCAGUUUUUGAAUUUCAGAAGUUGAUGAAAUUUUACAUGAUUGCUGGAUAGUAUUUGAAACGUAUUUGGUUGAUAGAUUUAAUUUCUAUUGUUUGUUGAAGCUAUGCCUAUCAUUUUUAUGUGAUGUUAAUGGAUUAUGGAUGACUGGGAGAAGAAUUUUUACAUAAGUGCAGUAGUUGGAGCCAUUAAGGGGAGCUCAAAUGUAUUAUUCAAAGGGUUUAUGGACCUCUGUUUCAAUGCCUUUAGAGUACUUCAAUCAAAGUAAUCAAUUUUGUUCUUCAAAUGUUUGGUACUCGGUAUUUGCAGCAAUCAUACUAAGUUGAUGAAUCAUUUUGCAAGUGGGUAAACAAUUGUUCCAAAAGGUGGAACCUCCCAACCCAGGAGCCCCCACCCCGACCCGACAGGAUGGUGGGAAGGUUAGUCACGGUGACUCAGUCAGCAGAAUGGUAGUAGGCCCAUACAUCCGUGCGCACCAGAGGCCUAGUCUUAUUUCAGGUUCUGUGACCUCCACCCGGUCGCUGCGGGGAUUCGAACCUUGGUCCAUUGUUCCAAAUCUCCCAUCACUCGACCAACUGAGCUACCCGUGCGGGUUGCAAGUGGGUAAACAAAAAAUGGAGGAAAGGAUUUUACAUGACAGAUAUGGCAACAGUUGGAAGUAGAUGGGCUUUUGUGGGGUUGGCCUCUCUGAUCAGGUUGAAUUGAAGAUGAAAAUAUAAAUUGCUUAAACUUAAGAAGGUUGAAGAGGCAAUGAACUACCAAGAAAGGCUCAAUCGCACUAGCUCGGUUGUGAAUGUAAGUAAGGUUGUAUUAUGCGCUAGAAUGGUUAGAUAUAAUAAGUUCUCCCUGAAAGAUAAUACGUUUGGCAUCUUAGAAAACGCCAACAAUUCAGUGCCUUUCUCUGAAGUUUAUGAUUGGACUGCUUUCCUUUUCACUCUUACUUAAACAAGAUUUUAUGCU